AUGGACUCCGCAGUGGCCGCCAGGCUUAACAGGCUGCGGGCAGGCUUUCUGAAAGGGUGUCCCGAGGAAGACCAGAUGAAAAGGGUGAUAAAGCCGUACGGAGACGCCACGACAGACGAGGCACUGCGGCAGCUGUAUGUGGACCGCGAGGGACACGACCUUCUGGUGCAUCUGGAGUCGCCGCCGAUCUCCGAGAGCUACCUGGGCAGCAUGAUGCCGCGGACCAAGAAGAUGAGCGAGGAGCGCGUGGGAGCGGACGAGGACAAGGCGGAAAGCGUGGUGGAGAGGAGUAGCAGGGUGCUGGGCGCUCGCAGGGAGGACGCGGCGGGGGCGGGGCUGGAGCUGCCGGUGCUGGCGGUGAACGGGGCGUCGGAGGAGAGCUUUGCGGGGACGUCGGUGUCGUCGACGGUGUCGGAGAGCAAAUACGACGCGUCGCAGGGGCCCGGCAAGGCCAAGGCGGUCAAGGGAAAGUCGCGGUUCCGCAGCAUUUUCCGGAAGAAGAGCAGCACGGACGCGCUGCGCGUGCAGGGCGCGCCGAAGGGCGCACCGAGGCGGACCAGCCUGUACGACAGCAGCUUUGGCUUCGAGGGCAUAAUAGACGAGGACGACGACGAGGAAGACAACGAGGACCUGGAUGCGGAGGCCAACAAGCGCUUUUUCUACAUGAACGGGGACCUGCGAGACAGUAUCUACCCCGACGUGUCCAACAACAGCGACGAGCCGAAGCCGAAGCCGAUCAAGAAGGGCAACUUCCUGGACAACUUCUCGCUGAACCCGCAGGCCAACAUCCAGAACCACGACGGGCGGCAUGUCGCGGGCCAGAAGGAGGAGGAGAGCUCCCCUCCGAAACUGGGCAAGCCGCGGAACCCGGAGACAGAGGAGGACUACAUCAUCGAUUCGUUCAUCAACCAGAAGGACCUGGAGCCGCUGGAGCUGACGGAGAAUCCCCCCCACGAUGCGGAUGUACGGAACACCUCUGCUGCGCGUGCGUCUCUGAGAAGCGACAGGCCAAGCUAUGUGGAGGACGCGGACGAUGAUGAGGCGGGUGGCGAGAGCGGACUUGCAUCGGAUGCAGCCUCUUCAUAUGGGGCCUCCCUGCUGUAUUCCGACUCCAGUGCUAGCGACUUCCGACCCAACGCCGUCAUGGACAGUUCUGCUGACACCGGUAUGAAUCCUAUUGAGUACCUGCACUACUCAGUACCUAGCACGCGGGGCUUCGCUAUCUACACAGUGGCAGACGACUCCUCUUCGGUGGUCAACAAGCUUUCUUCCGCGAAUCGAUUCCGAGGAUCGGACACCCCGAACAGCGAGUUCAAGGACUCGGGCAGCACUCCACUAUUGUCAAAGGAUGGCAACCACUCAGGUGUUUCUGAUAAAAAAUGGUCGGCUAGUCUACAGCCCCAUUCAAAAUCUGUGCGUAUACGGAAUUCUCUUCCCAGCUUCAUUAUGACAGGCUCAAUAAAAUCGAGAGCUGGAAGGCAGUAUCAGCACAAGCGCAGUACAAGUGAUGUAAACCGCGCCAGCAUGCAGGCGUUUCCGGAACCACUGGUUAUCAAAAAAGUCAAUGUAUCGGACGGGAAACCUCAUAAGUCGCACCUAUCCUCGCUGCUUCAGAAAACCGAGAACAAGGCUGACAUUAAUCCCCUGGAGUAUUUUGCUUCUGCUUCGGGUGCAAAUUUACCACGUGGUUCAGUGCUCGAUCUUGACGUCUAUAUUCAGCUCUCAAAGACAUACAAGAAAACUCCGUUUUCCAUCAGGGUCAAGAAAACAGCUUCCGUUUUCGAAACCCUAGGGUAUGCUCUGUACUGCUAUGUGACGAAGUUCAGGCCCGGGGAUCUUGAGAACGAUGGCUUGGUGAUACAUGAAGUUGAAAAUCCAAACUAUUUUACCCUCAAUAUUGUUGAUGAAGAUGGUGAGCCCUUUGAAGAUAACUUUGGCCUACUAGAAAGAACUCAAUGUAUUGGAACCGUCUCUGACAACGAAGUGGUCAUAUGUAGGGUUGAAGACAAUGAACAAUUCACCAAAAAUGAUUCGAUGACGCCUUUGCCCCACGAUUUCGUCAAGAGAGCGACAACUAUCGCGGAAACGACCUGUCGAACCACAUCUGUCAAUAACAAUCCGCCUGCAUCUGCUAUGACCACUAUAUCAAAGGAUGAUAAUUUAACCUUUAAGGUGUACAUGUAUCCAAAUACUAAUCCUAGAGCGUCUGGGACGACUAUCAAUAUCCCGGGGUAUUGUAAGAUAUACGAUCUAGUGUUGCAGUGUUGUAAGGCAAAGGCUUUAGAUCCAACCAAAUACCAUCUAAAACCACUGGGCAAGAAUGUAUUGCUUGAUUCUAAUGACUUGGUGAAUAAAUUAGAUGGUAUCACCAGUUUAGAACUGAUAAAGCAUAAAGAUUCAAAAUCUAUGGCGGUCGAAAAACUAAGGCAAAGAAGGCCAUCUCUUCCUACCAUCCAAGGCUCGUAUAUGUUUAAUGAGCUGACCCUGGAUCUCGGCGACCAAUUCAUCAGAGCAGGUGAUACUGCCAAUACUAAACGAGAGGAUAUGGUGCCAGGACAAAAUGGCGGGUCCAAGACCACAAAUAAUGCCAAUAAGAAGUAUCACUCCAUUUACAAGCUCGGAAUUAGUAGACAGCACUCCCUCACCGCGGGUCAUGGGGCAGGCAUAGGUGGCGGUAUCUUCAGAAAUAAGAACUCUUCCAAGUCCUCGCUAACUACUAACACACAGCCUCCAAAUGUCCUGGCGGGAGGCUCCAGCUACAAAGACAUGUUUGCAGGGGCUUAUUACAAGUACAAGGUUUGGAGAAGGCAACAAGUGUCUUUUAUAAACAAACAUGAGCGUACCUUAGCUAUAGACGGCGACUAUAUCUAUAUUAUACCCCCAGAAAACGGCUAUCACUGGCACCAAGAAACGGGUAAAACCAAAUCCUUCCAUAUCAGCCAGGUCAGCUUGGUAAAGAGAUCUAAAAGAGUACCAGAAUACUUUAAAAUAUUUGUUAUAAAGCCAAAUAAUGAGAAACGCUAUUAUUUUGAGGCUGUAUCACCCGAAGAAUGUGUAGAGAUUGUUACAAGGCUCCAAAAUCUCUCCGGGGCAUAUAAGAUGAAUCGAAAAAUCAAAUAA